UUUUAGAAAAACAGAGAGGCUAAUGUGUUAUGUGGACAGAACCACGCACGCAGACUGGCAUGCAGGCUCCUGAAUGAAAAGGAUCAGCGCCUUAAGGUCGGAACUUUUCCAUUAAUCUACAUUGACAGCCAAGCAAAGUGACACUCAGACAUUGUAGGUGCCUUCUCCCUUUCAUCAGCUUGACUCUGAAUGUAAUGUUCUCUCUUUUUUUCUACUCAACUCAGUUUUUGGAUUCUUUUGCUUUUUUGUGUGUGGGAAUGUUUUCCCAUUAGACUUCUACCUGCUAAAGUCAACAAUUAUACAUUUAUUGUGAGUUUUAAAAGGCUGACACUUGCGCAAGACCACUUUCAUUAGUUUAUUUUUGAACUGGAAGACUAUUUACGGGACUUUGGCUGCAGAUCAGGGUGGCACCAACAACAUGGGGCUUGUGGUUUGGAUGUGCUGGCUGCUGGCUCUCCCACUGCUCCAGUCUGCCAAGAUCCUGACUGUCUGCCUAAUUGGAGGAAGCCACUACUUGUUGUUUGACGAGAUCUCCCAUAACUUCCACCUGCACGGCCACGAGGUCCGCAUGCUCCUGCAACUGGGCAACCCUCUUAUUACAGGUUUGUCCUAUGCUAGUCGCAAUGGCAGCUACCAGACCAGCACUUGGUCCCUAGGAGAAGAUUACAUUAAACAAUACAACGGCUGGUUCUUGGAGCAGCAAGCACAGUUUUUACUGGGACGGGACAGCUUUAAUGGCUUUUUGAACUUCAUGGGCCACCUUUCCUAUCAGUGUGACAAGCUCUUAGGAGACAGCGAUCAAAUAACGUUCCUCCAGAGUGAGCAAUAUGACAUCGCUAUCCUGGAUGCUUUUAACCCUUGCUCCUUCAUCAUAGCACACAAACUUGGUGUUCCCUACAUAGCCUUCUAUCCCGGGCCUCUGAACGGACCGCUGUCCAUAGCCAUCCCGUCCUCCAUCUCCUCAGUGCCAGCUUUCAGCUCCCAGUUGUCCGACCGUAUGGACCUUUGGGGUCGCGCGAAGAACUUCAUCUACUCACUCCUGGGUGCUGUAGGCCAGCAAAUUGUUUGGUCCAUAUUCAAGGACGUAGCUGAGCGCCACCUCAACUCGGGAUCCCCCCCGGGUGGCCUGGACGAGUUCCUCCAGAAGGCUGAACUGUGGGCCUUCAACACAGAUUUUUCCUUGGAGUUCCCCCAGCCUCUCUUGCCUUCCACCGUGUUGAUCGGGGGUCUCCUCAAUAAACCUGCUGAGCCUCUGGAUCAGGAUCUUGACUUGUGGAUCUCCAGUUUUGGAGAGUCAGGUUUCAUCGUUGUGACCAUGGGAUCGAUGGUCUCUUCUGUUUCUGUAGACCGGCUUCUGGUAGAGCUGGUAGAUGGCUUCUCUGUAAUUCCCCAAGGCGUGAUCUGGAGGUACAACCACGAGCGUUGGCCGCCUCACCUGAGUAAACCUUCCAAUGUCCUACUUGUGGACUGGCUGCCUCUCAAUGACUUGCUUGGACACGAAAAGGUGCGCCUCUUCAUCACCCACGGAGGUCAGAACAGUCUUCUUCAGGCAGUUUAUCACGGCGUCCCCGUGCUGGGCAUCCCACUGUUUGGAGAUCAGUUUGACAACGUGGUGAGGGCUGAAGCAAAGGGCUUGGGCCUCGCCAUCAGCCCCACGCGGAUCACUGGCGAGCUGCUUAGCGCCACCAUCCAAACUGUCAUACAGGACGUCAGGUUCAAGUCGGCAGCUUUGUCCCUCAGCCGCAUCCAUAGAUCGCAGCCCAUGCCCCCCGCACUUCGACUUGUGCGGUGGGUGGAGCACAUCCUGCACAGCGGAGGGGGAGCUCACCUGAGGCUGGCCUCGCUGCAGCAGCCGUGGUACCAGAGAUGCCUGCUGGACCUGCUUCUCCUCGUCCUGAUGGGCCUUGCCGGGUCAGUCCUUCUCUGCUGGAUUUUCUGCAAGAGCAAGACGAGCAAAGGUGACAUCAAGAAAAUACAAUAGGAGCACUAUUGUGUUGUCUUGGUGAAGCCUGAGUUAAGCGCCUUGCUCAAGGGAAUUGAACCCAGGGCCUUUUGAUCACAAGCUGCAUUCUUGACCUCUUUUUCACAAUUACCAUCCUUACUGCAACCAUAGGAGGGGAUUUGUGUUCAAAGAAGACCAACAUGUUGAUGUAGAAGAUCUUUCCAUGACCAAAACUCCUGCAACCACAUUUUUCAAUAAAAUAAUUCAAAGUCUCAGUAGACCAUCUAAAUUUCGACACAAUUUGUUGUGGUUGACAUUGUUUGGAAUUGGAAACUAUUUGUUACACACAGGCAAUGUUUUAAGUAACAUUUUGAAGG